AUGGCGAACUUUUAUUCAUUAUGGUAUAAACAAAGUGUUUGCCAACGAAAUAUCAAUAAAGGGAAAUCUAGAUAUUCAGACGACGACGACAACAGCAAUUCACAACAGCCUAGAGAUAUUGCAGUUUCGACACUAUCAACGGAACUAUUAACAGCAGCACACGUGACAGUUUCACACACUCAAGAUAAAUUAGUUUAUAAUUUGGAAUUAAAACCUUGGGAUACAUUACCAGCAGCAACAUCAUUGUAUUCACCCUUACGAUCACGUGAAACAAGAUUUCAUAAUAGCAAUCGAUCACGACAACACACACGAACAAUCAGCAAUGAAUCAACGUCCUCGAAUAUUAGUCAAUUAUCCGAAGAAUCUUUAUGGGAUGACUGGAUUGUGAAAUAUAUUAGCAAUGGCGAUGGAACGAGGGAAAUUAUUGGUGGUGAUUCAUUUGAAGAAUGGAUUUUUGAUACGAAAAAUUUGUCGCAGCGAAUACAUUGA